CGUCGUGGUCGAGGUGGUUCGGGGAGCGGCUCCAUUUCGGGUUCCGCAUCGCCGUACAGCUCCUACCAGACAUCUCCUUCUCCAUUUCCCUCUCAUUCUCCUCCCGCUCCCGGUGUGGCACCCACUCCUGCUCCUGCUCAUGCUCCUGCUCAUCCGGCACUUCUGAGAGUUGCGGAGUUUGUUCGACAGCCGGGUCGUGACCAUCUUCCAUAUCUCACUCAGUAUCCACGUGGACAGGGUCAGACAUGGUUUGACCGAUCCGGGAACGGGAUCAGCGGAUGGAUCAACAGUAUGAUGUACUCGUCUCUCGACAAUGGACAUCCGACUUUCACCGACUUCCCUCUCGAGAAGCAGCAUAUGUGGUUUCAACAGUUUGCGCAACAAUUCAACUGGAAUGCCGAUGAUACGUUGUUUAUCUAUUACCACUUCGUCCAUAAAGUUAUGGACAACUAUGGGAAGCAGAUGCACUCGUGGAAGAAGAAGUGGGAAAUAAACAAGGUUCCAAAGGGGAUGGACCCGACGGUCUGGCGGGAGUUGAGUGAGCAUUGGAGUAAGAACGAAGUCAGAGCAACUUCUUCCACUAACUCCACCAACCGCAAGAGCGACCUCUGGAAGAUCGCUUGGUAA